AUUACGCAAGUGCUCACGUUUGGGAUAUUAUGAUUCAAAUGAUCCAUCAACGGAGAAUUACUUGCGAGCAGAAAAUUUCAUGUUGAAAAAACGCAGAAUAUGGUAUGAAAAUAUUCUCCAUAUCGGUUUUCCAUCGUCUAUUCCUCCUAUCUUUGAUCCUAUCCUCCCGGCCUUGCAAGAGACGGCAUUUUGGGCGUAUGCUGGAAUUGCAAGACUGGACGAUUCGCCACUUCAAUGGUUGGUGAUCCGCUUCACGAGCGUAGCUGCUGGCUUGUAUUCGGUGUACGAUGCUGACGAAGAGACGUUUGCAGAUAAUAAGAAAGCAUUCAGACGACGUCAACAAAUUGGAGGAGUGAUAUAA